GGCUGGUUCAUUCCGACUCGUAGCGCGAAACAGUACGGACGUGCGUGCGUGCGUGCAGUUCAACCCCGGGGGAAAUAGAAAAAAAACAGUUGCCUGUAAGGUGAUUCUGAACCACACACAGAAAAAAAAACCAACCAACCAAGCCUGGCAAAAGAAUUCUUUACCGCAGGUCAGUGUUUCCCAAGUUUUGUGCCCCGCAGAGUGUGCGUGUGUGUCCCGAGUGCGGAAUAACAACAACACCCGUGCUUGAUGUGGUUCGAAUCCAGGUUCACAGGCCUUUUUCACCGUGAAGAAAUAGUGGUUGUGUGUGUGAGAUAGUGUGAGUUGCUUGUGCGCGUGUGUGUGCAUUAUUACCUACGGUAUUAUCAAUGAUAAUCGUUGGAUAAUACAACACGCCCGGCCCUGUGAUUCCCGUCCUUCCCUAUGUGCAAUAUUCUUUGGUUGUGAACGCGCGCGCGUUUGUGUGUGUGUGUGUGUGCCAGUGUGAUUGAGUGUGUGCGAAAAACCGCUCCAAACCCAGCUGUCGCACCAUUACGCUCGGCAGUGAGCUACUUCGCGCCUCAUUAGUCCCUCGUUAGCAACGAGCCGUCGCGCCGGCAAAGAGCGAGCGAGCGAUCGAGCGCCAACCGCACACCGACGCACACAUCAAAACCAUAAUCUCGUCACCAUAGGGCCUAUCAGGGUGCAGCGCCAGGAGCCAGGUGCAGCGGUUCGGACGCAUCUUCACAACGGCCACGGCAACGGCACGAAGAUGAGUGACACCUGCGGCUCGAAGGUGAUCGAGUUCUACCAGGACUCGGUCGUGCUGAUCACUGGCGCGAGCGGCUUCCUCGGCAAGGUGCUGCUCGAGAAGCUGCUCCGCUGUCUGGAGGCGCGCAAGAUAUACGUGCUGAUACGCCGGAAGCGCGACUACAGUGCACAGAUGCGGCUGGAGCAGAUUCUUAAGUCGAUGUUAUUCGACCGUGUUCGGAACGAGACCAAGGCAGCGAAGGCCCUGUUCGACAAGAUCGAGGCGGUCGAGGUAAACUUCGAGCGGGACGAUCUCGGCCUGGAGCCGGCGCUGCGCGAUCGGCUCCGGCAGGAGGUGGAGGUCGCGUUCAAUCUGCUCGCCUCGGUCAACUUUAACGAGGCGCUCGACCAGGCGCUGGAAACGAACGUCGAGUGUACGCGGCGCGUGCUCAACCUGCUCAGCGGUGCCCGGCGCAUCAAGUCCGUCAUCCACGUGUCGACGUUCUACUCGAACUGCAACCGGACGCUGAUCGAGGAGAAGAUCUACGACGACAUCGGGUUCGGCGGGUACGACAACAUCAAGAGCACGUUUGCGAAGCUGCAGGACGACCACAAACAGUUCCUGUCGCCGGUCGUGCUCGGCACCUUCCCGAACUCGUACACGUUCAGCAAAAAGUGCGCCGAGGUGGUGGUGCGCGACAAGUUCGGCCAUCUGCCGGUGGGCAUCUUUCGGCCACCGAUAGUGACCUCCAGCUACCGGGAGCCCGUACCUGGAUGGGUCGAUAACUUCAACGGUCCGAGCGGCAUGGUGGUGCCACUGUCCCAGGGGCUGUACAGUGCCGCCCUGCUCGAUCCCAAAAAGAAGCCGUUCAUCGUACCGGUCGACUUCUGCGUCAAUGCGCUGCUGGUGUGCGCGCACGACGUGAGCAAGUCGAGCGUCACCAAGAGCAUUCCCGUGUACAACUACACCGACGACUGCAACCUCUGGACCUGGGACCAGGUGAUCAACGGAUUCUUCAGCGGACUCGGACCAAUCCGGAAACUAGUGGCAAAAUACUUCACCGGCACAAUCACGGUCAACCCGGUGCGGUACGCAAUCUGCAAACGAAUCAUGAUGUUCCAGGCCUUCUGUUUGGAUCUGAUCCGCACUUUCAGUGGAAAGGAAAAAAUUAUGCAACGAUUGUUCUCCAAGAUGGUGACGCUGAGCGAAGUGUUGCGCUUCUUCUGCCUGAAUGACUGGAAGAUGACGAACGACAACAUCCGCCGGAUCAGCGACGAGAUGUCCCCGCUCGAGGCGGAGAUGUUCCCGCUCGACAUCAGGAAGAUCGACUGGACCGAGUACUACCGGAACUUUGUGCCGGGCGUGAUCAAGUACGCGGUGCAGCCGCGCAGCCCGCGCAGCCCCAGCAUUGCGGAGCGGAAGCUGAAGGAGUCGAAGGUGCGGGAAACGAAAAAGCUCAACAGCGGCCUGUUCUACCUGCUGUGGAGCUCCGUGUUUAUUAUUGCGCUGAAGAUAUUCAAAAACCUCUUCAACAAGGUGUGAAGAACUUUCCAACUCCAAGUACGCUUCCAAUUUAUUUAGGGUUCAAUUUAAGACGGAAAAUGGGACACGAACACACACACUCAUACAUACACAAACAGACACACACACACACACAUACAAGCUGCAAUCACAAGUACAUGCUGAUAAAUAGGGGUAGUAGGUAAUAAGGCAAAUGGCGCAGAAGUAUAGAGGUCCUGCCAAUAAAAGACACGUCGCAAAUUCACGUCGCCGCAAAUGCGCUUGCGCAACCAGCAAACGAGCCAGCCAGCGGGCAAGCAGCAACUAUUUACUAAAACGCAUAGUAAUCAAGCAACAACAACAAAAAACAACAUGCAUAAACGCGAAAGAAAGAAUUAUAAAAGUAAUGCAAGCAAACAAACAAACAUAACGGUAACGGAAAACAUCAAACAACACGGAACAACAACAUCAUUUAAAGUAUAGAAUAAUAAUUACAAGCAAAACAAAAACAAGAACAAAAAAAGAAGAAAACCAACAAAAAACAACUUUGCCACUAGCUACGUAGAGCUAAGGAUACCUGAAGUUCAGUGACAGAGAUUUUUUCCAACAAAUGAUAACGAUUAAAUUAAUUAAUGAAUAAAAUAAACAUUUUGUAGGCUUUUU